AUGCCAGCUCUAGCCUUACAGCCCGACAUGAGCCUCAAGUGGGAAAAAUUAUCUCCUGGUGAAUUCCAGCAGCUUCAGGACUACAUACAGUAUUCCUCGAAGAAAUUGUCAGACGUUCUAAACGAAUUCAAACAGGAAGGUCCGCUAUCGAAAUAUAAUACUGAAGGAGAUAUUGACUAUGAAGGCUUUCAGCAGUUCAUGGACUCAUACUUGGAGAUCGCGACUCCCAAAGACCUGGUUACCCGACUCUUUUUAUCCUUUGUCAAAAGACCUACUGCCACACAAACGACGCCGUCAGUCGACGGGAGGUUGCUUACAAUGGCGGCCGUUACGUCUACGACGGCGUGUGCCCCUAUCACGUCCCACACGACGGCGGGAUGUGGUGGGGGCGGAUCCCUCCCCGAACUCCCCGCCAAGGAAGCACCCGCCAAAGAGGAAAAACAUCUCAGUCUGGCCGAAAAACUUCACGGGUUCACCGAGAAGCUUCAAUCUUUCGGACAUCACAGAGUAGACAGUGAUUCAAACGCCCGAGGAAGAGCAGGGAGCGCCUCCGUGCAUCCCAUGGUGACGGUGACUCCGAAUUAUACGGACCAGAAAUCCUCCGAUUCUUCCCCCAAUCACAGCCAAGUCUCUAGGAACUCGUCCAGGAAGUCCAACAGCUCCGUGCUUGUGCACAGCGUUGAUCUGAAGCCUCUCCGUAAAGCCAGUAGCCACGUUGAUGUAUAUUCUUUGAGAGUGCCCUUGAAAGAUAUAGUUUGCUACCUUUCCCUUCUUGAAGCAGGACGUCCAGAAGACAAGUUAGAAUUUACGUUCCGACUGUAUGACACCGAUGGUAAUGGUUAUUUGGACAACAAUGAAAUGGACUGCAUAGUAAAUCAAAUGAUGACUGUUGCAGAAUAUUUGGGAUGGGAUGUUUCAGAGCUAAAGCCCAUUCUUCAAGACAUGAUGGUCGAAAUCGAUUACGAUGCAGAUGGAACCGUUUCUUUAGAGGAAUGGAAGCGUGGAGGCCUAACAACUAUACCUCUUUUAGUCCUCCUCGGACUCGAUUCUAACGUAAAAGAUGACGGUAACCAUGUUUGGAGACUGAAACAUUUCAAUAGACCAGCGUACUGUAACCUCUGCCUAAACAUGUUGGUCGGGUUAGGAAAAAAAGGUCUAUGUUGUAUAUUUUGCAAAUACACUGUUCAUGAAAGGUGUGUACAAAGAGCCCACGCAUCCUGCAUAAGUACGUAUGUAAAGUCCAAGAAAACAUCCCACACAAUGAGCCACCACUGGACGGAAGGAAACUGUACUGGCAAAUGCAGUAAAUGCAAGAAACCAAUAAAAUCAUACAACGGCAUUACAGGCCUUCACUGUCGAUGGUGCCAGAUGACUCUUCACAACCACUGUGCCUCCCAGGUUAAACCUGAAUGUACACUCGGCGAACACAGGGAUCAUAUCUUGCCUCCCACCUGCAUCUGCCCCAUCGUACUGGAAAGGCAACGCAGCGUAUCCGCAGGGCACAAAAAAAAUUUAAGUCGGACGGACUCGAACCUAGUCGGGGACAACAACCAGGGAGCUGGCUCCGCAAUGUCAUUCCAAAUCACAUCUCUUCCUGGGAGCCAUCCUCUCCUUAUCCUCAUCAAUCCAAAAAGUGGUGGGCGACAAGGAAUGAGGAUAUUAAGGAAGUUUCAAUAUUUACUCAACCCUAGGCAAGUUUACAACUUAGCAAAAGGUGGUCCAAUGGCUGGGUUGCAAAUGUACAAAGAUGUUGCAAAUUUCCGGGUUCUCUGUUGUGGAGGAGAUGGAACUGUUGGCUGGGUUUUGGACACGAUUGACAAAAUGAACUUUACGAAUGAUCCUCCGCUUGCUAUUUUACCCCUAGGUACGGGAAAUGAUUUAGCAAGGUGCCUUGGAUGGGGACCUGGUUAUGAGAAUGAAAGUCUUCCGAAAUUUUUGAAGAAGCUUGAAAAAUCCACUCCAAUGCCAAUGGACCGGUGGAUGAUCGAAAUAAGUGAUUCUGGAAAUACGGAAGAAAAAGGCGAUCCCAUUCCUUGCACUAUUUUUAAUAAUUAUUUUUCCAUUGGUGUAGAUGCAUCUAUAGCUAUAAAAUUUCAUCUAGAAAGGGAAAAGCACCCGGAAAAGUUUAACAGCAGGAUGAAAAACAAAAUGUGGUACUUUGAGUUUGCAACGUCAGAAACGUUCUUCGCCACGUGUAAAAACCUUCAUGAAGACGUUGAUAUCAUGUGCGACGGUGUUUCUCUUGAGCUUGCAAACGGGCCCUCGCUGCAGGGGAUAGCUGUGCUGAACAUCCCGAGCAUCUACGGAGGUUCUAAUUUGUGGGGAGAUAGCGCCCAGAAAAAAAGAACCAAAUCCAAAAGGAGAAAAGACAGAGAAAAUUCUUCCAACAGUUUUACGUCCGUAGAUCUCAGUGCUGCCAUUCAAGAUAUAGGUGACCGCAAGAUCGAAGUAAUUGGUCUUGAGAAUUGUAUGCACGUUGGUCAAGUUAAAGCGGGUCUUCGUGCUUCAGGACGCCGGCUGGCUCAGUGUUCCUCAGUAGUUAUUAGAACAAAAAAGCGGUUUCCAAUGCAGAUAGAUGGCGAGCCAUGGAUACAGCCUCCUUGCACGAUCCAUAUUAAACAGAAAAACCAAAUGCCAAUGCUAAUGGCGCCACCACCCACUCGAAAAUCAAAGUUCCCUUUCUUAUUCUGCAAAAAAAGAAAAUAAUGUGCCGUGCCAACUACCUUCCCAAGUCAUCAAAGCCACAAAUAAAGCUCAUGCAGUACAUCAACUUGUAGAACACUAAAAACCCAGCAGAACAUCGGAUAGCGUUGAACAUUUACGUUGAAUCUCGAGCAACAUCACGUGAUG